GUCAUACCAUUUCUAAACGAAAACAACGGUUCGUCGUAAUGUUACGCCGCCAUCUUGAAAGCGUAAUUGUUGUCAUGUUUACGUUGUGUGUGAAAGGUGAAAUUUAUGAUAUUUGAUAUAAUAAUCCGAACAAGGUUGAUGUAAGUGCAAGCCGGAAACAGUAAGACUUCACAAUGUUUUACGCACAUUUCGUGCUGGCCAAAAAGGGCCCCCUGGCCAAGAUUUGGUUGGCGGCCCAUUGGGACAAGAAGUUGACAAAAGCUCAUGUGUUUGAGACAAAUAUCGAAAAGUCUGUUGAUGGUAUCCUGAAGCCCAAAGUGAAGAUGGCCCUGCGUACAUCUGGCCAUCUGUUGCUGGGUGUUGUGAGGAUUUACUCCAGGAAAGCCAAAUACUUGCUGCAGGAUUGUAAUGAAGCUUUUGUCAAAAUUAAGAUGGCCUUCAGGCCUGGCAUGGUGGAUUUGCCUGAGGAACACAGGGAGGCUGCCAUGAAUGCCAUUACACUGCCCGAGGUGUUCCAUGACUUCGACACAGCUAUGCCUGAAUUGAACGAGGUGGACAUUGAAGCCCAGUUCUCUCUGAACCAGUCCAGGGCCGAGGAGAUCACCAUGCGCGAAGACUAUGGCUCCCUGAACCUGGUCACUCAUGAUGAUGGCUUUGGUGAUAUGGGGUUCGAUACAGACAACCCGGAUAUUAUGCGUGAGGCUAUUGGCAGUGAAGGAGGACUGGAACAGAGUAACCUUCUCUUCGCUGACGGUUCAUCCCUGGAGCUGGGCGGCAAGGAGGGUGGCACGUCGCUGGCGGGCGGCGUCCCCGCGCUGGCGGCGGAGCACCCGCGCCGCAUGGAGGCUGCGCCCCACGCGCCCAUGGACGACGGCUUCGGAGGCACUAUAGGCGACGUCGCCGAUUUCGGACACGCUGGCGGUCUGUUCGAGGGCGAUCUGUUCGGCGAGGUGACUGGCGGCAGCAGCUCGGCAGCCGCGGCGUCAGGCAUGCCCGGCACGUCUGCACAACCUCAGUCUCUACAGGCUGAAAUAGACGCUGCGGGUGUAAGCGGCGGCGACACGGGCGGCGACGAGGCGGCGGCCGACGCGCCCGACUCCGACGACGAUAUGGGCGACCACUAUGAUGCUGGCACCUCGCCGCAGCAUAGUUGGGGCGGUUCACCGGUCCCCGACAGCAUGGCGCCGCCGCCCGCGCCCGCGCCGCCUUCUCCUAGCCCACAUGUUCCUAUGGACGUGGACGUGGUCCCAGAGCCGGGUCCCCGUCCCGCCAGCGCGGAGCCGCCAGCCGGAGGAGCUUCGGAACGCGUGGCAGACAACACUACACUGUUACAUAAUGAUGAAGAGUCCUUCGCAUUGGCUCCUGUUGAUGCUACUGUGCUUAAAGGCAUAACAAAAACAAAACGCAAGCGCAAACUGAUCGUCGAUGAAGUGAAGAAUAUAUCUGGAGAAGAAAUGAAGAAUCAGCUGAGUAACACGUCGGAUAUUGUGACUACUUUGGACUUGGCGCCACCGACACGAAGACUGAUGCACUGGAAGGAAACUGGGGGAGUGGAGAAAUUGUUCACAUUGCCGGCUAGGCCGAUUCCUUCUAGAGUGUUGUUCAAGAAGUACCAGCGCAACAUGACGCUGCGCAGCGAGGCGGAGGAGGCGGAGGCGGGGCGCUCGCCCGACCCCGCCGAGCCCGCCCGCCGCACCCGCAAGCGCAGGCACGAGGAGUCGAUGCAGCCACCAGAAACUCCAGCGCCAGCUCCCGCACCAGAAUUAGAACCUCCUACUCCCGUACCUCAGGAAUACGAACCUUCAGUCGAGUCGGACUCGGCGGCCGACAACGCCUUCCCUCAGACGCCGCCUUCAGAAGUCGACGUGGAACCUCCUCAGACGCCAGCCGGCAUGCUGGGAGCUAUGACGCCGGGGCUGGGCGCCCUCACGCCGGGCUCGCUGCUACAGGCUGGCCUCACUCCAGCGCUGCAGCACCCUGCCAUGACGCCCGGUGGUCUUCAACACGGCGGCAUGACGCCGGUGGGUCUGCAUCACGGAGACAGCCAGCACGUAGACUUAGGACUCUCCGCCGGUGGCAUGACUCCGGCUGGCUUGCACCAUGGAGGCAUGACCCCAGGUCUACUAGAGAGCGGCAUGACACCGGCAGGGCUGGUGCACGGAGGACUCACGCCAGCAGGGUUACAUCAUGGUGGCAUGACGCCAGGCGGUCUAGACCACGGCGGCAUGACGCCGGCAGGCCUUCAGCACGGCGGCAUGACUCCAGCAGGGCUACAGCACAGCGGCAUGACUCCCGCUGGCUUGCAACACGGCGGUAUGACUCCCGCCGGCUUGCAACAUGGUGGCAUGACGCCUGGUGGAGUCCAACACGGCGCCAUGCUGCAACACGGCAUGGAGCAGCUGCCCAUGAUGCCGCAGCUGGGCGGCGAGCAGGUGUCGUCGCUGCUGCGCUCGUCGCUGCCGCCCGCCGCCGCCGCCCACGAGCUGCCGCACACGCUGCCCAUGGAGCCCCUGCUGCACGGCCUCGACGACCAUGGAGACUAUCAGAAUGGAAUGCAGAUGACAAGCUUCGGUUACGACGACCAGCACGGGCAGACCAGUCCACAGCACGACUACGAUCUCCCUUUAACGCCAGACAAUGCGGACGAGGGCGAGCGUGAGGCGGGCGAGACGGACGAGCAGUUCGAGGAGCGCGUGCUCAACCGCCGCGCCGCGCAGCUGUUCGCCGUCAUGAAGCCCAAGCUGUCCGCAGGCCUACAGCUGUCCUUCACAGACCUCGCACCCCGACACAAUAAUAGAAAACAGGUGGCACAAAAAUUCUACAGUUUACUCGUUCUCAAAAAACAUCAAGUGCUGAAAUUAGAACAACACGAAACAUAUGGACCUAUCACCAUAAGCAAGGGUAAUCAGUUUGAAACUGAAGCGAUUUAAUACUUUAAUAACACAUUAUUUAUAAUAGAAUGUAAUAUAAAGAAGAUAUCAAGACUAGUUCAUAAAAAAGAUUUUUAUGGAAGUGAAGAGACGAUGUUUAGUUGUAAAGUUAUGGACUUCACGGGAAACGCGUUGAGCCAAAAAUAAUGUGUAAGUUAGAUCUUGUAAUUCGAAUUCAUGAAAGCAUUUUAUUUUUUAAAUAUUGGACCAAAUAAUAUUACGAGUGUUGAUCUCACAAAAAAUCUAAUUGCAAUGCGUUUUGAUAAUGUGAAAUAGUAGUUGUUGUCAUGAACUCGAUUUACUUGUGAUGAGCAGUUUCUAUUUGGAUAAUUAUGUUUGAUAGAAAUGUGUAGGAAAAUGCCUUAUUUUGUUUUGCUGUAGGCUAAGUAAAAUUAUUGUAAAGAUGUUUUACAAACAUUGUUUAAAUAGUCAAUCAUAGAAAGAAAUAGUAUUUGCUGUAUUGUUAACCCCUGACUCCUAAACCAUGUAUGCAUGUUUACUGAUGCUGCAGCCACAAAGAUUACGUUAUGCCUUAUAUGAUUAUUUAAAAUUGUACCUCUCAAGGAAGUGUAGACAUUGAAUUUUGUUUAUAAUAUAGCUUGUUGUCCUUCUAUUGGGAUUAAGAGAUUUUAGUGACUGUGUGUUUAUAACAAAUGAUGUAAAAUAUUUUAGUAGCAGACUGGUGUGAUUGAGAGAUAAAUUAUGUAGGAAAAUUAAUGCAAGUGAUAACCUCAACACCAAAUAAGUGUUAAACUAUAACUGUUCCCCUGUGUUGGUAUGAAUUUGGUUUUUACAUUUCUUUGAGAUAUUUAUAUUAUAACAUUGUGUUAUUUGCAUGCAAAUUGAAUGCAUACCAAAUACAUUUUUGGUUUGGAUUCAUUUUGAUUUUCUCAUAUUAUUGUAAAAUUUCUCGAUCUAAAGCAUUAUGAAUGCCUCAAACGACUUAGUGACUAUCAUGUAUUAUUUGGAAAUUUCUUCUAAAAAUUUAAGAGUUUACCUCUGCUAAUAUCUAAACUUGUCAAUUUUCAUUUUGCGUCUUAUGUUCGGAGGUAUCCACUUAGAUAUUUUUCAUAAAAAAACAUAUUUGCAAUAAAUUUGUUGAUAAAA